GAAGAAGAAGAUUAGCCAAUGAUGUUUAAACAGGAAGGUUACAGACGGUCAUACGGAAGUAGCAUUCGUGGUUGACCUACUGCUGCAGCAAUGUGCUAACGGUAAAGAAUCAGAAACCACAGAGGGGGGACCAGCGGAGAUGUGUUUCACAUUCUGAAUACUCAAACCUGAACUAGUGAGGCUCCUGGGAGCCACAGUCAUGUGGCCUGUAGUUUGGACAGCUUUGCGAACCUAUGCUCCUUAUGUCACCUUCCCUGUUGCUUUUGUGGUUGGAGCAGUGGGCUAUCACCUGGAAUGGUUUAUAAGGGGGACCCCCAAACCUCGAGAGGAGGAGAAGGGCAUCCUGGAGCUGAGGGAGGAGAGAAAACUGCAGGAACAAGCUGGUAUGGACAGCACACAGGUGCUUAGUCUGAAAGAGAGACUGGAGUUUACACCUAAAGCAGCUCUGAACAGGAACCGGCCCGAGAAGAGCUAACCACUGCUGGUCUGACAGACUUAUGUUUGCCCUGUCUCAGUGGAAGAAUUGUGCACUGGAUGCAAAGGUGGUAAACCACAUGGCAAAAACACCCAAUUCCAUGAAACCACAUGAGUCAUACAUCUUCCUUUCUCCAAAUCAUCAGUACUUAGUCCUUUAUUGAGGCAAAUAAAGCUUAUAUGUGCUGUAUGUCAGGAAAAACAUGGGUGUAAUCAGUAACACUCAUAAUGACUGCAUUCCAUUUACUGUAUGUGAGCCAUUUCCAGGAACAUGGUGUUGUGCAGGGUGGCACAGCAGUGUGGUGGUUAGCGAUGUCAUAGCAAGAAUGCUCUUGGUUCAAGCCUGGGCCAACCCAGUGCCUUUCUGUGCAUGUUCUUCCUGUGCCUGUGUUGGUUCUCUUUGGGUACUCUGACUUCCUCCCACAGU